AUGGUCCUCUCUAUCUCUACGAUCGGCAAGAACUUCUUCGACUGGCUGCGAUUUAUCUUUUCUAAAAAAGGCAUCCCCACAUGGAAAGGAACAUUGGCCUAUGUCAUCGCUUACAUCCUCGCUUUCAUCAAUCCGUUCACGGAAUUGAUCGCCGCCCCUCCACAAGUAUCCGGUCUGAUGAUCAUCGUCGUGCUUGCUGUGGCUGGUGCUCCGGUUGGCAUCUGCAUGGACGGCAUGAUCUGGAUUAUCUUUGGGAUCAUGCUUGGCGCUCUCUGUGCCUACAUUCUCUCUUACCUCGCCGGUGCACUUGUUGCGCAAGGCAUCGUGUAUUUCAUUCUCGUUUACAUUUUCUCCUACGCCAAGGCCGUCUCUCUGAAAUAUCUUGCUUUCACCCUUCUCGGCAUAGUCUGGUGCGUCAGUGGAGUGGCUGCAUCUCUACAAAACAACAAUCAACCUAACAUACCUUUCAUCGUCGGCACCAUCCAGGCCUACUUCUGGGGAUCAGCCAUCGUGUUCUUUGUCAAUCUUUUUGUGUUUCCUGUUUCCUGCGAGACAGUACUCCGAAACACCAUGGUAUCAGCCUUGGGUCACAUGGAUACGCUCUCUCGGCUGCUCUUACAAGCCUACGCUUUCGAUCUCACGGAGGCUGACGCGAUAUUGCGAACGCAGCUUGUUGGACAGUUGCGCAGGGAAACAGAUGUUAUUGAACAAAUGCUUGCUGGCACAUAUUUCGAAAUAUCUUGGUCGAAGUGGUCGAUGGGAGACAUCACCGGUCAAACAAAAGUUAUUCGCAAGCUGCAUGAGACCCUCAUGAGCAUCAAUGCCGACUACGCCGCCGCCGAGAAAGCAGGAUGCCUAAGGGAGAUCCGUGAUCGAUUCUUACAAAAUACUGUUCCUGAUAUGAAGCGCGUAUCUACCGGUAGGGAUCUUCGAUCUAGCUGUAAGGAUCGCUUAAUAAACGUACGAGCAGCCAUUUCCCUCACAAUCUCGGAACUGCUGCUUGCACUCGAUCCCACCUUCCAGUCUCUCAAGACACAAGAUAUCACAAAUCCGUUGGACCUUGAAAGACAAAAUAUGGCUGAUCAGACUGGCCCGGACAUUCAAAAUGAGGAAAUCAUACGAGCGUUCAAGCAGAGGUUCGCCGAAGAGAUAGAUAAGCACGACUUAGCAGCGACCGCGACCAGCUCGGCGACAAUUUUGAGCCCAUCUUCUGAUAUGACAGGCACGGUCAAAUCCAGUUUCGCUGACACACCUGUUGCCAUUCGCGCCCUCCACGAGAACGUGAAUCGCUGGACCUCACCGCAGCUCGAUAUCGUCGGUCAUUUACUCCUUUCGGGUGGCUUUGAUGCCAAAGAUCGGCCUCUAGUGCUUAACGCACCUUUGGCGUCGAUUGCGCACACUUUCGGUCAAGAGUCUUCUCCGGGUGUGGUGGGGAGCAGCGAAGCCCCCUUUCCGUACACGUUACGCUUGGGUUCUAUAGCGCCUUCUGUUAAUUCCGACGACACAGAGAAGGAUGGAGAAGAACUCAGCCUGGUGGAUAGCGCGACUGACAGAGUUGGUCAGGCUCUUGUGCGAAUGUACUCCCUGAUGUUUGCUGUUCACCGUCUCUCCGGUGAAGUACAGGAAUUGUACGAAGCUGUGCUAUCGAGUGACGGUCGGCGACGACGAUUGCACCUACAUUGCUACCAGCACUUAGUCAGCCGCACGCGCACCAAGGGACACUCAUCUACCGUCCCACUGACUGAAGCGGCCCAGUCGAUUGGUGCACAGAGCGCAUCGUUACCGAAGCGCCGAUUCUGGGACUGGCUGCUGAUAGCGGAGCAAUCUCUUCUUGGCCCGCGAAAUGUCUAUGCAUUCAAAUUGACCCUGGCGAUUGAGAUCUUGACGAUUCUUCUUUGGGCACCGGUUGUCAGGACAUGGUUCCUGUCGUAUGGACUGCCGAUUACUGUGGUCACAGUUGUACUGCUCGUGACUCCUACGUUUGGUGAAACCUACAUAUGGACAGCGCAGCAGUUGGGAGGUGUUCUAGGUUAUAUCACCGCACUUAUUUUGCUGGAGAUCUUCCGCAAUGUGGGCGGAUAUGCAUAUAAUCCCUAUGGCAUCGUCUGUAUCAUCGGCGUAUGGACCGUUCCUCUAAUGUACAUUAUGCAUGAGGUGCCCAUCGGAUUUCCGUUUGGACUUUUGGCCCUGGUAUUCGGUGCUAUCUAUAUGUGCAACAAUUACGUGAACGUGGUGAUUCUUGGCGCACCCUAUGAUACCCCGUCCUACUCCGCUGCUAAAGCGCUCACAACCAUUGCGGUCGGAAUCGCGCUUGGCGUUGUAUUCCAAUUCUUGAUCUUACGCAACCCCGCGAGGAGAACGCUCCGAAAAGGGCUCAUCAGCCUGCUCCACAACAACCGAAUCUAUCUUAGCGUCUUACAUGCAUAUUUCCGUUUUCUGCAAACUCCUGAAACAAGUUUGAGUGUUCCUCCAGCAGCAUAUCACGCCGUGGAACUCGAGCUCGAAAGAAGAGAGGCUGGCAUCCGAGGACAAAUCGGCAACAUCGCCCCUAUGAUUGGAAAUGUAUUCGGCGAACCUUACUGGGACGCACCAUUUGGCGCCGACGCUGCAAAAAAGGUAUUGGAGGCUAAUGAGAUUUUGCUUGACCGUUUGAAGGAUGCUCGGUCGGCUAUGCGGGGGCAACCUUUUGACCCAUAUCUCGCUCAGAAUUUUGUCUGGGUUUUGGCACCAUAUCGACGCCAAUGGAACGUUACGGUCCGAAUGGCAUUAUACUUGAGCGCAGCGUCCUUAAGCGCCCAGACACCUUUGCCGGCUGAUAUGUUGAGAGUUCCUUGGAAAUUCGUCAAUGAUAUGGUGCAAGAUUCGCUUUCUCUCAGUGCAAGCUUGGGGAAGAGCGACGAGGGUCGUGCCGCACUCAAAACGCAAGAUUUUGCACGUUUCUGGUAUUUCCUCCUCGUUAUCUCUGCCGCCACCGAGCAAGUCAGAGCAAUCGAGGAAGCCUGCGCGGCAAUCUAUGGCACAGAUGAGACAAUUUACUAGACGAGUGUGAGAGGGUCCAAUGGGUCCUGUAUAACUUGACAGGAUUGGCUCGUCUUCCUCCAUGGGAUAAUC